UCAUAACUUACUAUCUGUUGCUGCCUUGGAGGGUAGUGGUCUAGAGGGAAAGUGGGGGAAUGGGAGUAUGAAAAUUUUGAAAAAUUCUCUGGUGUUGUUUAAAGCUGAAAAGGUGAACAACCUUUAUGUGUGUCAUGCUAAACCUUAUAUUGACUCUGUGAAUGCUGUGAAUGUUGUGCAUACUGAUAAAACCUUGUUGUGGCAUAAUAGACUAGGGCAUAUGAGUAAUAAAGGUUUAGGGAUCAUGCACAAACAUGGUUACCUUGGUAAAGACUCUGUGAACUCUUUGACUUUCUGUGAAUCAUGUGUGCUUGGUAAACAACAUAGAGUCCAGUUCCCUCUAUCCUCUUACCCUAAUAUGACUAAGUGCUCCUAUGUGCUUGAAUAUGUGCAUGCUGAUGUUUGGGGCCCUGCUAGUAUUCCUACACAUGGGGGGAAACGGUAUUUCUUGUCCUUAAUUGAUGAUUUCUCUAGGAAAGUGUGGGUUUAUCUUCUAGAACAUAAGUCUGAUGUUUGUGAGAAGUUUAAAGCCUGGAAGUUACUUGUAGAAAAUCACACUGGACAGAAUGUUAAGACCCUUAGGACUGAUAAUGGCCUAGAGUUCUGUAACCAAGAGCUUGACCAACUGUGUGCCACUUCAGGCAUUAGGAGACAUAAGACUGUGCCCUACACACCCCAACAGAAUGGGGUGGCUGAAAGGAUGAAUAGAACCCUUCUUGACAAGGUUAGGAGUAUGUUGUCUACCUCAGGUUUACCUAAGAAGUUUUGGGGUGAAGCAGUCACUACUGCCACCUAUCUGAUUAAUAGAUCUCCCUCUGUUCCCAUAGGGGGUCAAUGCCCUGAAGUUAAGUUUACUGGUGGGCCUCUUGACCUAACAAACCUUAGGGUCUUUGGGUGUGCUGCCUAUGUUCAUCAGAAAACUGAUAAGUUAGAUCCUAGAUCCAAAAAGUGUGUGUUCUUGGGUUAUCCUGAUGGGGUAAAGGGAUAUAGGUUGUGGGAUAGAAGUGUGCCUGGUUUUAAGGUGGUUAUAAGUAGGGAUGUAAUUUUUAAUGAAUUUGAUUUCCCUUGCUUGCUUAAACCUGUUUCUGAGCAUGAGCCUGAGAGGACACCUGUUGAGGUGGAGCCUCAGACUCCUUCUGUACCUAUUAUUCCUGUUGUUAUGUAUGACACUCCUCCUGUUGUUCCUGUCAUCCCUUCUGAUGUGCAUGUUAAUACUUCUUCUGAUACUGCUACCUCCGGUGAGGUGGAGUUCAACACUCAAGAUGACCAUGUGCAAAAUGAUUCUCUGUCUGGUGAUACUAAUGUGUUUGAUGAUUCUGCUGAGAAUGAUAAUGUUGAUUUGCAUGACUACCAACUUGUUAGGGAUAGGGGUAGGAGAACCAUUAAGAGAAAAUCUGAUACUUUGUCUGAUUAUGCUUUUACUGCGUGUGAUAUAUCUGAUUUUGCUUUUACUGUGUUUGAGACCCUAGACCUAAAUGAACCUAAGACCUAUAGUGAAGCUAUAAGGUCCAGAGAGGCUCAGAAAUGGCUUGAGGCCAUGAAAAGUGAGAUGGACUCUCUAAGAGUGAACCAGACUUGGACCCUUGUUCCUAGACCUAAUGCCACCUCAGUGGUUGAGUGCAAAUGGUUGUUUAAGGUCAAGGAAGAAUCGGGUAAUAACAUUAGGUAUAAGGCCAGGUUAGUUGCCAAGGGGUUUACUCAAAAAGAGGGGGUAGAUUAUGCAGAAAUCUUUGCUCCUGUAGUUAAGUUUACUACUGUUAGAAUCAUGUUGGCAUUGGUUGCUCACCAUGACUGGGAGAUGAAACAAAUGGAUGUCACCACUGCAUUUCUGCAUGGUGAAUUGGAUAAGAAAAUUUACAUGACUCAACCUGAGGGCUUUGUGGAUCCCAAGAGGAGUGACCAUGUCUGUCUGCUUAGGAAGGCCUUGUAUGGCCUGAAGCAAUCCCCUAGACAGUGGAAUAUUAGGUUUGACAAGUGUAUGCAGUCUAUGAAAUUUGUGAAAUCUGCCUGUGAUCAUUGUCUUUAUUUCAAGAAUACUAAUUCUGUACCUGUGUUCUUGUUAAUCUAUGUGGAUGACAUGUUGAUUAUUAGCCCUUGUCUUAAAUCUAUUAUGUAUGUUCAAAAAUGUCUUUGUGAGAACUUUGCGAUGAAAGAUCUUGGUGAUGCCAAGAGGAUACUUGGGAUUAACAUUAUUAGGGACAGGAGCAAGCAUACUCUUGUUCUAAAUCAGAUUUCGUAUGUUGAGAAGGUUUUGAGUAAGUUUAAUAUGUCUUCUGCUGCACCUGUGCAUGUUCCUCUUGCCUCUCAUUUUGUGCUAAGUAAGAAUCAGUCUCCUAAGACUGAUUCUGAAAUUGAGCUUAUGAAGUCUGUUCCUUACUCCAAUGCUAUAGGUUCUGUGAUGUAUCUGAUGGUUAGUUCUAGACCUGAUAUUGCCUAUGCUGUGAGUUGUUUGAGUAGGUUUAUGUCUAAUCCUGGUAUGCCUCAUUGGAAUGCUUUGAAAUGGCUUUUGAGAUACUUGAAAUUUUCUGCUAAUCAUGGUUUGAUUUUUACGAAGUGUACUGAAGGUGUGAAACUGAGUGGUUAUGUUGACUAUAACUAUGCUAAUGAUAAAGACAAUAGGAAAUCUACCACUUCCUAUGUGUUCACUUUGUGUGGGUCGUGUAUUAGUUGGAAAUCUCAGUUACAACCAAUUAUUGCCUUAUCAACCACUGAAGCUGAGUAUGUUGCAGCUACAGAAACUUUCAAGGAAGCCAUUUGGUUAAGUCGUCUUGUUGCGGAAAUAGGUUUUCUCAAACAGGAUGUUACUGUGUUUUCUGAUAGCCAGUCUGCUAUCCAGCUUUGCAAAAACCCUGUUUUUCAUGACAGGACCAAACACAUUGAUGUGAGGUUCCAUUUUAUUCGUGAUGUUUUAGAUGCAGGUAAAGUGAAGCUGUGCAAGAUACCCUCAGAGUUCAACCCUGCAGAUAUGGGGACGAAGUGUCUAUCUGCUGAAAAACUUUUGUCUUGUAAACGAAUUUUAAAUUUGGACUGCGGUUAACUCUGUUUGCAGGUUUUGGGUAUGUUGGAGGGUAGAUUCUUGAAAGCGUAGUGCUUGAGAGAAUCUACUCUCACGGUUAGGGAGAGUACUUUGGGUACUUCUCCAAUUUCCUUUUGGGAGUAUUUUGUGUAUCUCCAAUUUGUUUGCCAGUUAUGUCUUUAGGAUAUCACUGGUGACCCAGCGAUGAUGAACCACGUGCUCAUGUUACUUUGUGAUACCAUGCACCACCAAUGAUGGCCAAUAAGGUGGAGAGUGUGGAGGUAUUGGCCCCAUGGGCCAAGGCAGCCCUCUCCUCUUGUGUUGGGCCUGUUUCGUACCUCUGCCCUGGCCCAUGUUGUUCUGCCGCUAGCCCUUCUUCUGGAACCCUCUUUUAGGGCUUCCCCUAUGUGCCCGGGUACUUAAACUCCUCUACGCCUUUUGGUUGAGGCUGAGGUCUUCGGUUAGAGAGAGAGUGAGGUUAAGAGAGAUUAAGAGAGAGAGACUUCCGUCUCUUCUCUAUUCCGGUCCCUCUGUGGUAUUCUGUCUGUGCCUCCCCUUUUCUGACCUUUGGCGUGCGUUGAGAUGGCUGGGCUGGUCUGAGUGUUCUUGUCCCUUCCGGUGGUGCUUUGGUGUGUGUGCUGUAUGAGCGUGGUCUGAGCUGGAGAGGUGAAAACCUGACAUGAUUAUUGCAACUAUGUCCACCUGUAGCACAGUAGGUCAUAUUCUAGAUCCAUGUAGGAGCGCAGAUUAUACCAUGGUACCGGUACCAAAAACGAUGCCAUUUUCUUCUUUUUCAAAUGCACAGGGAGCACUACAAAUCUUUUCUCCCUUUUCCAUCAAUUCCUCCAGAUUUCUUUCUUUUAUUUUCUCUUCUUUAUUUUCUUCAAUUCCUUUUUUAUCUCCAUCAAAAUAUUAAAUGUUAAUUGUGAUUUUAAUUAUUUUCAUCUUUAAUUAAUUAAAAUAUAAUUGAAUUAACUUUUUUACUUUACCAAUUUAUUACAAAGUUUUAUUAAUCCAAAGUUUUACUAAUAUUUUAUUUUAUUAAUCCACAUAAAAAGUAUAUUUUAUUAAUCCACAUAAUAAUUGAAUCUAUUUUUUUAUUCUCUAUCAAUACAUAACAAAAAAUUUAUAAAUCUAAAUAAAUUAAGUAUAUUGCAUUUAUAUUCGUACACUAUUUUUGUUUAUGUGAUAUUUACAAUAUUCAUACUCUUACAAUAUUUUUUAUAUGGACACACUUUUACUAUAAUAUAUUUUUUUUAUCACUUUUAUAUGUUUUGGAGGUUUUUAAGACAUUGAGUUUGUUUAUUUUGAUUCUUGAAGUUACAUUUGAUAACAUAUCAUGAAGUUAUAUCUUCUUCCACGUGAGUUACAUUUUAAUGUACGUGAGUUACAUCUUAAUAUACGUGAGUUACAUCUUAAUGCAUGCGAGUUACACCACGGAAUAAACCCUGCUAUAUCAUUUUUAUAGCCCUAAUAUUAAAAAUAAAACAUAUUCACUGUUUAAAAAAAGUAAUUAAGCAAUUAGGAUCAGUUUUUCAUUGUUUACAUUGAAAUCAACGUUUAGGAUAUAUAUUAUUCUCAAACACACACACACACAAAAUGCUCAAUUUUCCAAAAAGUUACAUUCUAUAUACACUUAAGUUAUAUUUAUCAUCAACGCGAGUUACAUUUGUAAUAACAUGAGUUACAUUAAAAACUCAACCCCUGCUAUUGAAACAAAAAAUGAUUUUUUUUAAAAAAUAUUUUUAUGGUCAUGUUAUUAAAAUCAAAACAUAUUUUCGGUUUACCUAAAGCAAUUGUGCAAUUAGAUUAUCUUUUUUCAUUGUUUACAUUGAAAUCAAUAUUGUAUUUCUAAUACUAUGUAUUUCACAAGUUACAUUUCGAACGCACUUCAGUUACAUCGAUCAAUAACGUAAGUUACAUAUUUUUACACACAGGUUACAUCAUUCAUUAUAAUUUAAUAAUGGUUAAUAUAAUAGUUCGAUAACAUGUUAAAAUUACAUAGGCAAUAUUGGUCUCAUAUGAAAGAUCACGAAAAAUAAAAAAAUUUGAUAUAAAUUUUAUAAAAAUCAAAUCAAAAAUAAAAAAAUUAUUACCAUUUUCAAGAAAAAGAGAAAUAAAAAGGCCCGGAAUACCAUGCGCACCGUGGGAUACAAAGGCCGCAUGGUAUACAAACACUCAUGUAGGAGUUGUUUAACUCCUCAUAUGAUUGAGGCAUUGAUUUUCACAACAUGCUAACUACAAUAAUCUUAUCAUGAUUAUGCUAAGGAUGUUUCCUUUUGAACUGAAAUUUGCUGGUUUGUUUUGGUCUGAACUGGUUUGAUCUGGUCUGGUAUGGUAAAUGUCUUGUCUAUGUGUAUUUCAUAACUACGGAAGACUUGUCUUGUCUGAUCUGAUCUGAUCUGGUCUGGGACUGAAAAAAGUUCAAAAGAAAACAUCCUAAAACGAGUGUUCACCAAAUAGUUGAGGAAAUGGAGUUCAUGGAUUCAAUAGAUGAACGUAAUUACUUACUCUGUACUAUAUAUGUCUGUUAUUGUUUUACUUCUAUGGAAAUUCUGACACCAUCCUUUGGAUAUAAUUUUUCGCUAAAUUAAAAUUUUGAGAAUACGAUGAAUAAGAUAUUAGUAAUUUAUCCUAACAAUAAAUUCAACAAUAUUAAAUUAUAUUAAAUUUGUGGAACCCACGUAUGGGCAAUGACCACCUAGUGUAUUUCGGGGCAGCAUAUUAUAUUUAUCUGAGACAAGAUAAUAUUUUAUGUUAGGGGAAUUAGUUUAUCUUGGACCAAGGAUUUGCCCUUGAAUUAAAAUAGAAGGAAUUGAAGAUUGAGCAAAUAAAGGAGGCAAGAGGCCAAAGCCCAUUUUGCAGGCCUAUUGAUGGUUAAGAAGUCUAAAAAGUAAACCUAGAUCUAAAAGCUUUUGUACUAUUCAAAAAGUCUCUAAAAGCUUUUAGUUGUAAGUUUGACAUGACAAUUUUUAAGAAGUUUUCAAAAAUUAAAAGAUCUUUUUUGAGAUGCUACAGGGAGUAGCAUCUGGGAAAAGCCCGUGACUUUUAGUAUUAAUUAAUCCUAACAGCUUGUAUAGUUGUAUACCAAACCGAACUAAAUCAAACAAUCAGUUUUUUACCAAACAGCUACCACCUUUUCUUUUUAAGAUCUUUUCAGUCACUAAAAGCUAACAUUUAUUAAAAAGCUCACAAAAGUAUCUUUUCAGCUAGUUUUGCCAAACAUACCCCUACUCAUUUUCGGCGCAACAUCUAUCUUAUAUACAUGAGCUCCUCUUCUUAUGUAAAACUCCAUACUCGAUCAUUUUUCAUUCGUUUAAAGUGCAAAAGUAUCGUUGGAUCAAAGCUCGAGCUCGUUGGAAGAGGAACCACACCAAAGAGGGGCUAGGGUUCACACCAUAUCUAGGUGAGAUGAUGGUUUUACACUCUUUAACUCUUGGGUCUUGUAUACGAUUACUACUAAUGUAUGAAAGGAUGAUUUUAUGGUGUCAAAAUGUGUCCUAGAUACGUUUUAUUGAUCAUAGAAUGUAUUGGUGUGGCUUCGUUGGGUUUCUGGUUAUCUUCAUAAGUUUGGGUAUGACGGGAAUGAGCCUCGUAAAACUUGCAUCUGUCGUAAAACUUCCCAGACUCGUAAAAAAUCUGGUCUUAGCAAACCAGUUGGCUGUAAGGUCGGUAUCUCUCAUCCUGUUUUUAAUUCUAACCUGAGGUCUGCUUAAGAGUUUUAGAUUUUCUAGAGACACAUCUAAAGCCAUGAUAAGUCCGUAUUUAGACAUGAAUUUGAUGCGUGUUGGGAUCAGGUUUGAUGAUUUUCCCUAGCUUUAAGGUGUUACAAGUCUCAAUUUUAGCUCAAAUUAUGUUUACCGGGCGUUGGUUCGAGUUUUGUGUCAUUUGGAGUCAAAAUCAGGAUUUUAGAGUUCGGCACUGGCACUUGAGGAGAAAUAGGGAUGAGUUGAAAAGCAUUUGAGAUUGAUUUGAGAGCUAUGGAGGUCAGCGGGAGGUUUACGAUGAAGAUUUGAUGACAAAAGAGCUCUAGGAUUGGCUUCGGGAUCAUAAGAAGAUGAAUGAAGCUUGAAAACGACGAUCAGAAUGACCUUCUGUCAAUCAUUCAAGAAUAUCUCUUUGUAGAAACAACUAAUGGACAUGAUUCAAGUUGUAUAUGAAAGACAACUUCAAGGGCUACAAAUCAUAUGAAGACACCAUUACGCGAAUAGGAGAGCAAGAAGGUGAAAACAGAUGACGAAGUCAGAUGAUCUCUGCUGCAAUUUCAGAAUGACACCUUCUACCGUUUUAAUCAUAUCUCUUGAUUGAAUGAUUCAAAUCACAUUCGGCAAGUUGGUGUGGAUAGAGGACUUCAAUAGCUAAAACUUUCAUGAAGGAAGUUUUGUCAAAUUCGGACUAGAGAAAAGGUUGAAGAACACGGACGCACGACCGUACGUAAGAGCCAAAACCGUGGAGGAGC